GGAGUUUUGAAAUUGUUAGUUCGUAGCUGUUCAACACUCACCAACAAAGCACUUUAUUGCAAUUUAGUUAUAUUAGUUAGCUUGCCUAUUACUGGGAGUCUAAAAAGUGCAAUCAUAUAACGCAUGUUAUGGGACUAUGAACUGUUGAUUUUUUAUGAUGUUUGGAAGGAAAGAAAAGAUUGUUGAUGUUGACCAAAGGUUAUCUUUUCAAGCUGCUGUGAUAAUUCAGUGUUGGUACAGAAAGUGCAAAGCGAGGUUGGAAGUUCGUCGUAAGUGUGCGUGGCAAGUAAACCAGUCGUUAGAAUAUGUAACGGAUGAAAGUGAUUCUGAAGGGAAUCCAAAAAGUUUUUGUGUAAUAGGGAACCUUCAUUUACAAGCGAUUUUAAUCCGGACCCUAAUCACAUACACUUUCCAAUACCUGAAGAAAUGUUUCUAUCCUUUCUUAAUUGGAUACAGUCAGAUAAGAUAAUUCCCACCAACUUCUUCACUUUGAUACUGAACAAAGCUACAGAAUUUUUUAGCCAACAACCAAAUCUAACAGAAAUUCAACUUGAGGAUGAACAUCAUUUGAUUAUCUGUGGUGAUCUCCAUGGCAAUUUGAUUGCAGCUUUAAGAGUUUUUGAAGAAACUGGUUUACCGAACUCUCGGAAUCGUUUUGUAUUCAAUGGGGAUUUUGUCGAUCGAGGAACUAAAUCAGUCGAAGUGUUAAGUUUAUUGUUAAUGGCUGUAUUAACUUACCCAACCUAUGUAUUUCUUAAUCGGGGAAAUCACGAAGAUAUCAUGGUGAAUGAAAGGUAUGGAUUUGUAAAAGAACUAUCAAAUAAAUAUUCUAAGGAUAGAAAUAAUUUAAUACACUUAUGUGACAAAUUGUUCUGCUCUCUACCAAUUGGAGCUAUCGUCAAUGAAAGAAUAUUUAUCUGCCAUGGUGGUAUAUCAAAACAUACAGAUCUUAUGAAAUUAAAGCUUCUAAAUAGAUUUAAACUUUCCUCACUUCUACAACCAUGUUUGGAUGGGGAUAACUGUGUAAAUUUUAAUGAUUGGCAACAGGUUUUAGAUUUGUUAUGGAGUGAUCCUCAAGAUAAAGAUGGAUGUAGACCCAACGGUUUCCGUGGUGCAGGUUGUUAUUUCGGUUCCGAUAUUACUGAUAGUUUCUUGGGUACAACAGGUUUCUCUAUGAUUAUUCGAUCUCAUGAAUGCCAUAUGGAAGGAUGGCAUAUUUCCCACUCAGGAAAAGUUUUAACUAUAUUUUCAUCAUUCGAUUAUUUCACACUACGCAGUAAUGAGGGUGCUUAUGCUUGUGUUACUGGUAGGGAGUCCAAUCAAAUAACCAACCCAAACGCUACUGUUUCUCUGUAUCCGAUAAAAUGUGUACCAAAAAAUACUUUUUCAGCAUCGCUUAACAUCUAUGUGAAUGUAUUUGUUCUUAUGCGAAUACAGGAUCAAUUAUUAGAUAAUGACAGGACAUUAAAUGAUCCUGUUAAUAUGGCAUUUGUGUGUUUAUGGCAACGGAUAAUUCAUCGUAAAGAAAAGCUCCUGGGAUGUUUCAGUCAACUGGACAUUUAUAACUCAGGUAUCGUCUCGCUUACUGAUUGGUGUGAUAUAAUGGCUUCCGUAACACGUUUAAAGCUUUCUUGGCGUUGUCUACGUUCUUUUUUGGCCAACUUAUCUAUUGAUCAUACAGACCAAGUUACUUACAAUUCUAUGUUCACAGGAAACUGUGUGAUACACCCAGACCUUCCAAAUGAAAAUUCAUUGGCAAACGAAAUUUUUGAAUUGCAACCUCAUCUUUUGACUGUUGUUCAAGCUUGUCACUUUAAGCUAAAUAGCGUCAAUUUGUACAGUUUAGUGGCUAAAUUAGAAUCAGCUGAUCACAAUGUACAAAUUGCUAGAUUAAAAAUUGUUGUAUCAAAACUGAUAAAAUUACUAAACAAGAGUGAUGUAAUAUCUUUUAACUUGGAUAAAUUCUUGGCUUCUUUUCAUUUCGUGGAAAUUCAGAAACGUGUUAAAGGUAUGCUUCUUAAGUGAUAGAUUAAUUUUUAAAAAAUCUAAUUAUGACAUUUUUAUGUGUCAACUACUACCCAGUUUAGUGUAUUUAUACAUAGUUUUCGAUGUUUUUUUUCGUAGUUUAUAAUAAAUCUUUAUCUGCAGUCUCCCCUUCUUCUUUGCUUCGAACCAUAUCAGUCUUUGUUCAUUCCUAGUAAGUAGCAAGUAAUAACUUUUCUGCAAUUAUAACAAGUGACUAAACCAGUGUUUUGUUCAAGUUACAACAAUAAUAAUCUAGUGUUCAUAACGAUGGAAAUGAUAUAAUAUUUGUUCCAGAUAUGUAGUAGAUUGCAGUACCGUUCAGUCAGAUAAAGAUAUAUAAUUAGAGCUUUAUUUGCAGAUUCAAAACUCAUGUUUCGUUUAUUAGUUCACAUUUAAAUCAUAAACAUACUACCGAAAGAAAUAGUUAUUCAGUUGCACGUCAUUCGGUUGAGAUUUAAAACUAUGAACGUAUAACACUUCACCGGUAUCACCCUGUGUAUCGGAGAUGUGCAAGCAAUAGUUUAAUUCGUGUAUACUUUUUAUUUGAAGCUGUAAUGCUAUGUAACUAGUUGUUUCUCGAUACCCUUACCAGCGUUAACGUUAUUAUUAAUAAGUAAAUCGUGUUCGAAUGACGUAUUUACUCAGAAGAUGCUUUUUCAAGACUUUUAUUUAAUUUUCAAAGAAAGAUUAUGCUGAUUUUUGAUUUUCGAGACCUAAAAACAGUAAAAUAUUUGUUUACUUGAUUCAGAGUUACAGGUAUUUGGUACCACUUCAAACUAUACUUACCGCUAGUUUUACCUGCUAACUAGUACAUUCAAUAUAGGGCCGUAGAAUUCAGUGAACGUUAAUCACUUUUCACAACUACACGGUUAUCACCACUUAAGUAGCUAAAUUAACAAUGAAUACCAAUUAGAUAUUUAUUUUAGUGUUUACAUUAUUGCAAAGCUUUUAUUCCAGUACAAUAUUAAGAGUAAAUAACUGAUAACUAUUCGUUAUAUUUAUCAUUCGAUAUACACAACACAAAGCAUAUUUAUUGAAAGGAAUUUGUCGGCAAUUUAUUUCAUUGUUAUAUUGUGUUGAUUUUUUUUGUAAAUUAGCUAUAGACUGUAAUAUCUGAGUUUGUAUUUUCUUUAAACAACACUUUGUGAAUAAAACGAUGGUGUAUUUCGUUCAUCUUAUUCUGUAGAUACUUUAAAACGGAAUGAGCACAAUAAAUUGCAAGGCUUAUCUUCUCAUCAGUUGUAAACGGCCUAAAUUUUAGUUACAAAUAAACUUUUAACAUGCUUUAUUUAAUAAUAUGUGAGUGGAAAUUAAAGCAUGAGAAACGUUAUUUCAUUGAUAUCUGUAAAAAUUGUUAUCAUAUGAAAAGGGGAGUUAUAAUUAAUAAUGUUGGUAAUCGUAAUAUUUUGGGGUAAAUAAUUAUCUUUUUGAUAUUGUACCAGUCGGUCAUGCGCAACGUAGAUCCUGGCACACGUACGUCGGUUCAGGUUGUCACACUAUAUCAGUAUAGGUCGAUCCCAAGUUACUGGGAACAUCGACAGUAUUAGUGAUAGUAGGAAAGAUUAGGCGAUUCGAGAAAAAAUGGAUUCCUGAAAUAGAAAUGUAUAAGAUAUUCUUAAAACUGCUCACGGUAGUCGUACAGAUCCGAACCAACUAGUCUCCAAUUACCUACACAGCUCAGUUCAGUAGUCAGUGACUUCAUGGUCUAAUGUCACUUUUUGGUUUAGCCACUCCUAUAUACCUUCCAACUUACCCUUACACCAACAAACAUUGCUUGUCGAGUUCGGUGGUGGUUAGGUAUAUGUAAUACAUGUCCCAACCAUCUAAGCUUAUAAAGACUAACCACCACCUUACCAUCCGAUUUGACAUGUUUUCUCAGUACCUUAUGCUUAAUCUCAACGUUGCUAACCGGAUGGUACCACAGUGCUCUAAUGAUGUUUGAAAGCACCUGUGACUAGGUACUAGUAACGAACGAAUAUCCUCUGUUUUUAAAGUGCACAUUUGAUAUCCAUAAGGUAGAACAGCAAAUUAUAAAGCAGUAUACUCUUUCUUUGGUUGGCAGACUAAAAUCUUACGUACACUACAAGUGUCGUGUGUUCGCGAUAGUCACUUGAGUUUUUUGUAUUCCUAUGAAGAUUUUAUUAGACACCAAAUCUGGUUAGACUUCCAACAUAGGUGAAGUAAUUGACCGUGUCAACCACUUCACUAUCUUUCAUUAGUCUAAUAAUUGAUACACACCUAACCCGAAGCUCGUUAUAUAACUAAACUAAUUAUAUCGACAUAUAACUAAUACUUUUUUCGUUUUUUUUUUCUAGUUUAACUAACAAAACUGAAUCUUCCAUGGUUGAUGAGUUUC